CAACUCCCAUUUUACUCCUUCAUUUUUCUUCUUCUUUCUCCCUAGUAUACGCACGACCGGAAAGAUGGCAUUCGGGAGGGGACGUGGCAACAAACGCACUUCGACGUCGUCCUAUGCGUCGACCAUUACAAUGGUCAUCUUUGUGGCUCUGUGUGUCUUCGGUGUGUGGAUGCUUUCUUCCAAUUCUGUUAUCCCACCGCAGAUCACACAAGGCUCCACUCGAACGGCUGUCGCAGAGACAGAGAGGAGUGAUGUGUCUGUCUCUUCAAACGGUAAUGAUGAGCCCGAACCCACGAAACAAGAGUCUGAUGAGCAACCGCCAUUUGAAGACAAUCCGGGAAAGCUUCCAGACGAUGCUGUAAAGUCUGAAGACGAGCAACGGAAGUCAGCGAAAGAGAAGAGUGAAACGACGAGCUCAAAGACUCAAACACAAGAGACCCAACAACACGAUGACAAGCUUUCCGAGGAAAAAGAGAAAGAUAACGGAAAGGAGAAAGAGACGGUGCAAGAGAAUGAGGAGGGUCAGAUGAAAAAAGUGGUCAAGGAGUUUGAAAAGGAGCAGAAGCAACAGCGGGACGAGGACGCUGGGACUCAACCCAAAGGAACUCAAGGGCAAGAGCAGGGACAAGGGAAGGAACUGCCGGAUGUCGAACAAGGAAAUAAACAAGGGCAAGAUGUGGAACAAGGAACGAAACAAGGGCAAGAACAGGAUUCAAAUACGGAUGUGACAUUCACAGAUGCGACCAAACAAGAACAACCUAUGGAAACGGGGCAGGGCGAUACAUCAGAGAACUCAAAGAAUGAAGAAAACGGACAAACAGAGGAACAAAACUCAGGGAAUGAGGAAACCGGACAACAAAACGAGGAGAAGACCGCGGUUAGUGAAGAAAAUGGGAAGGAAGAGAAGAGCAUGAAGGAUGAGAAUGGCCAACAGGAAGAACAUACCACAGCAGAGGACGAAAGCGGAAACAAAGAAGAAGAGAGCACGUCAAAGGACGAAAACACGGAGCAACAAGAAGAGCGGAAAGAUGAGAAAACACAUGGGGGUUCAGAAGCGAGUGGUUUUGGCUCUGGAAUACCGAAAGAAUCUGCAGAAUCACAGAAGUCAUGGAAGAGUCAGGCAACAGAAUCUAAGGACGAGAAACAAAGACAGACAUCUGAAUCAAAUACCGUAGAGAGUAUUAUGGAUGGAAAUGCAUGGGUGCUGUGCAAUGCAACUGCAGGAACUGACUAUAUACCAUGCCUAGACAACGAAGAAGCUAUAAUGAAACUAAGGAGUAGAAGACAUUUUGAGCACAGAGAGAGACAUUGCCCAGAAGAUCCACCAACGUGUCUUGUCCCCCUCCCAGAAGGGUAUAAGGAGUCCAUCAAGUGGCCUGAAAGCAGAGAUAAGAUAUGGUACCACAAUGUCCCACACACAAAGCUAGCUGAGGUAAAAGGACAUCAGAACUGGGUGAAAGUCACUGGCGAGUUCUUGACGUUUCCUGGUGGUGGAACACAGUUCAUCCAUGGAGCUCUUCAUUAUAUCGAUUUUCUUCAGCAGUCUUUGAAAAACAUUGCGUGGGGUAAACGUACUCGGGUCAUAUUGGAUGUUGGAUGUGGAGUGGCGAGCUUUGGCGGUUUCCUUUUUGAAAGAGAUGUUAUAGCAAUGUCUCUUGCACCAAAAGAUGAACACGAGGCUCAAGUUCAGUUUGCUCUUGAAAGAAAGAUUCCAGCCAUCUCUGCGGUUAUGGGCUCCAAGCGACUGCCAUUCCCGAGCAGAGUGUUUGAUCUUAUCCAUUGUGCACGUUGUAGAGUCCCAUGGCAUAAUGAGGGUGGUAUGCUUCUUCUUGAACUUAAUCGGAUGCUUAGGCCCGGAGGUUAUUUUGUCUGGUCAGCAACACCAGUCUACCAGAAGCUUGAAGAAGAUGUUCAAAUCUGGAAAGAAAUGUCCGCGUUGACAAAAUCCUUGUGCUGGGAACUUGUGACAAUAAACAAGGAUAAACUCAAUGGUGUUGGUGCUGCAAUCUACCAGAAACCUGUAACAAAUGAAUGUUACGAGAAAAGAAAGCACAACAAGCCUCCGUUGUGUAAAAACAACGAUGACGCAAAUGCAGCCUGGUAUGUACCCCUACAAGCAUGUAUGCAUAAAGUUCCUACCAAUGUGGUCGAGAGAGGAAGCAAAUGGCCAGUGAAUUGGCCCCGUCGGCUUCAAACACCUCCUUACUGGCUAAACAGCUCUCAAAUGGGGAUCUAUGGGAAACCAGCUCCUCGAGAUUUCACUACAGAUUAUGAACAUUGGAAACAUGUUGUAAGCAAAGUAUACAUGAAUGAAAUAGGAAUCAGCUGGUCUAAUGUGAGGAAUGUAAUGGACAUGCGAGCUGUCUACGGAGGGUUUGCAGCAGCUCUAAAGGACCUACAGGUGUGGGUCAUGAAUGUAGUAAACAUAAACUCACCAGAUACACUACCGAUAAUCUACGAGAGAGGCCUGUUCGGAAUAUAUCAUGACUGGUGUGAAUCAUUUAGCACAUACCCUCGAAGCUAUGAUCUCUUACAUGCAGAUCAUCUUUUCUCUAAGUUGAGAACAAGGUGCAAUCUUGUUCCAGUAAUGGCAGAGGUGGAUAGAAUAGUAAGACCAGGAGGUAAACUCAUAGUUCGUGACGAAUCGAAUGUGAUAAGAGAAGUUGAGAACAUGUUGAAGUCACUACACUGGGAUGUUCAUUUAACAUUCUCCAAACACCAAGAAGGGAUAUUAAGUGCACAAAAAGGAUUCUGGAGACCAGAUACUUCUCAAUGAAAGACGCUAACACUCUGAGAAUCUGCAUUCGAAAAUAGCAGAAGCAGCAUUAUAAUACACACUACCCAUAUCUAUAAUCUCCAAAACUUGUUGCAUUUUGCAAGAAUUGGAUAAAGAAUUGUCAGUAUA